AUGGCCGUGGCCAAAGUCCCAGAUGCCGAUAGCCUACUAGCUAGUCUAGAGCAAUACAUCAACCGUUCCUCAUUUGGAGUCGAUAUCGACAAAACCAGAAACUUAUUGCAACGUUACCAGGUUCCUGUCAUCGAGUUUGAAAUUAAGGACUUGGACACUACGGCAGGGGUCGUAACUGAUAACCCAUAUAACAUCUUACAAAUGCAUCCAAGAAAAGAAAUGCUAUCUGCAGAAUCUUGA